AAGAGUUCAUAAAAAAAAAAUAUUUCCUCAGAAAUUAUGACAUAAAAUGUAAAGAUAUAUAUAUGUAUAGGUGUACUUUCACUCUUGUCCAUUUAUGCACAAACAUUUGCUUAACUUUUUAAUGUAAAAAAAACACUGAAAAUGGUUAUUGUUAACAGGCAUCGAUUUAAUUGGUUUACAAGUUACAAUACAACACCUCUCUCUCUCUCUCUACCUCUCUCGUUCUCUCUCUCUCUCUCUCUCUCUCUCUCUCUCUCUCUCUCUCUUGGUUUCGCUUCUCAAUUCGGUUUUUAGACGGGGUCACGUGACCCCGUCUAUUGGUUUACUGUCAGCCGAAGUCUCAAACCGGAUGGCACGCGUUGAGCACAUAAAUUGAGUCUAUGCGAAAGAAAAUAGUGCAGAUACUUUUCAUGCAUUUCUGUAAAUAUAUAUUAUAAAAACACGCAUUAAAUCGUUUUAAGUCCUCUAUGUGUAAACCGAAUUCUAUAAAGAAAAUAAACAAAUAGCUUUAUUGAUCAAAAAUUCUUGCUCGGGUUAAAUAGUUGUAGUGUUUUGUGGAAUGGAGUUACGUAACUAAAUGCACAAAGCCGUCAAAGAUUCAGUUGGUGGACGAGCUCAUAAAAUCAAUAGAAGAGGUUGAAUGUUGAAUCAAAAGUAAAGUUCCCAAACGCAAUGUGCCAUUUUUGAAAAGUUGUGAAUUUUAAUACCGAACCUCAUGCACGAGCCGAGGUUAAAAUACACAGAUGUCCUACAUAUUAAAUAGGUGUUCCUUUGGCUUCCAGUCAACACGCGUUAUGACUGCUGUUCAUCUCUAAAAAAAAACAAUACAUUGUAAGCAAAUCUAUAUAGAUUAUACAUUUUGGGUGACCAAUAGAUUAAUUGAUAUAUACAAUCUUAUCGAUUGAAGAACCAAGUUUAAUGUUAAUGUUCAUGUUGUCCUGCUUAGUUGGACUAUCCAAUAAUGUAAUUUGUUUUAAUGUUAUGAGACAUUUUCUAUACUUUAUAACGGAUAAAACCAGUCAUAUUCAUGAUUUAAAAGAAUUCUUUAUCAAUAUCUUAAUGCCUCUCAUCAGAAACUCUGCUGAUCUUUCUCUCAUUGAUAAAUAUCUCGCACAAAUAUUAGACCUAUGAACUCAGAGAUAACGCAUGGUUAUUAUGUUUUUAUCGUAGUUUUAAAAUCUGAUUUACAAAUCCUUUAUCGUAGCUCCUCGAAAAAUUUAAAAUUAACUCGCUUUCGAAAUUAAGUUCAUUUUUCCAAGACACACAUUAAAUUGUGCGUUUAAUAAAAGAGAGUGAAUUGAAAGGACAAAGAUCCCUGAAAUGACAAUGUCCUACAACAUUUGUUAAUUUUACUGUUAAAAGCGUUAACUUUGCAUAUUUUAGAAAUUUUAAAAUCAAAUAAAUCUGAAUUAAUAGCUAAAAUUAACAAUUUACAAUUAUCAUAUAUAACAGCCAAUCAGGAAAGGUCUACCCCAAAAUAUGACGUGAUUCAUUCACUUUUGGUCUCCAUUUUCUAGUUUUAUCGAUUUGAAAUUAGAUGACUGAAUUCAGAGUAUGAUUUUUAAUGAAAUUUCAGAAACGGUUGUAUCGUGAUUCGUGUAAAUGAUGCAAGAGUUUACACAAAAAAUUAGUAAGUGGCGAACGAAUUUACCUAUUAAUUUUAUAUGAAUCGCUGCAAGAAAAUCAUGACAGAUAAGAAGGUAUAAAAAAUCUAAAUGGCUACCGCGAAAAACUUUUUUUAUUGUUAUAGUACUUGGAAUAAUCUUAUUGUAAAAAAGAAAUAUUUCUAACGUCAUAUGCCUGUGUUUGUUAUCGGUAUACCAUAAUAUAUAUCGGUUAUCUGUGUAUACUAAUGUUAACUUUGUUCGGUAAUUCAACAGUUUGAGAGUUUUCGGAGCUCUCAUAAACCUUGUAUAACAAAUACCGUCCGACUUAUAGAUUUUCCCUUUGAUCACAAAAUAAAUAAAUAUAACGAUUUCAAUUAUAUACCUAAAUAUAGUUGUUUUGAUUUUCCCGGUUAGUUGUAGUUUUUUAAAAAUUUUCUUGGGGUCUUAUUUUACAUAAUAUACCAUUGUGUCAAUUUUCUACAAUUAUGAACAACAGUCCCGGUCGGGAUUUAGCAAAAUUAUGACAAAGAAUCAGGCAAUUGCAAAAAGCCGAACUUUAGCAUACUACAUGUAGAUUGAAACAACUAAUUCAAACUUCUAAUUUUUGGAACAUGAUGGAGGAAAACGUGAACAAUUACAAAUUCAAACUUUCAAGACCCCACCUUUCAUUACUCUCAGUACUUUGAUUUUAUAUGACUUGACUCUUCAGUCUUAAAUGCGAAUUUUUCUUAGUGUAAUCUACAGGUUUUGACAGUUAAGCAGCUACACACAUAUUUAUAUGGGUCAAAAGCCCAUUGACUGAAAAGGAAAUUUCCGGCUAUUAUCUGUAAACUUAUAUUAUGUGGGCGCCAGAUGUAACAAACAUAUACAUGUAUAUGAUCAUAUCAUAUUGAAUCUGCUUGGAAUUGAAUGUAGGUAAAUUAGCUUACCAAGUUAACACUCCUCCAAUUGACCCAAUGGGUUAACACAGUAACAUGGGCUAGGCACUGAUAGGAAUGUUAUCUAAAACCUUUGCCGCUCUAAUUAGUUUAUUUUUUUAAUACGAGGUGCAAAAUUAUUAAGUAUGGAAAUGCAUUUAUAACGGCUCAUUGACAACUAGUGUAUAAUUACGGCACAUCAAGUCUGCCAUGUAUGUUAUUUACAUGGGUCAAUCGAGUUAUGUUGUCUGAGCAUCAUUAAUUUUACAUGUUGCACAGUGUGAGGCAAGACUCUUUAGAACAUGUCAGGAAGUCUGUUUAUUUAUUUAAAAUGGUUGCCUAUAGAAUGUUGAUGAUCUUGCAUCUGUGCUUGAUCUUGACUUAUGAUCAUAUUUUGUGCGGCAGCGAGUUAAUUUAUUGAAACUUCUUGAAUCCUUGUCUUUGUGCUGGGAGUCAGGAAGUCUGCUUAUUUAUUUAAUAUGGUUGCCUGAAGAAUUUUAUGAUCUUGCAUAUGUGCUUGAUCUGGAUUUAUGAUCUUACCUUGUAUGGCAACAGGUUUAUCCAUAAAUUAGCCUUCCAGAUUGUUUUGGGGGGUCAGGAAGUAUGACAAAUUUAAUUAUUGAGCCAAUAUUACCUGCCAUGUCUAUCUUGUAUGACUUAUAAUUUUUGUGUUAAAUAUUACUGACAAUGGCUGGUUAAAAAUAAAUUGGCAAGAACAGAUUAAUUAUGAGAUAUAGAGUUGGGCUUCUUGCACUCUAUGUAUAAUAAAAUUCUGGGUUGCUUAUUGUCUUGUCAAUACACCAUCUACACCAUCUAUGCACUUAUUGUAGAACAUAAUAGUCCAGUCAUUCUAUGGUUAUACCUCAAACUAAUUGCAACAGAAAUGUUUAUUGUGGAAUUCGUGAGAAAUAUAACGUAUAAAAAACAUAUCAAAAAUCGAGAAAAAUCGAAAUAGGGGAAAGUCGUUAAUUUUGGCCCCCAAAAAAUCUAAAUUUUACUUCAAAUAUUAUGGAUAGAUAUGGCGCAUGACGAUAUGGGAGACAACUCGUAAUGGUCAACUGCAGACGACGCAUCUACUAGGUUCCAUCCUUUUCAUUCUGGUAAGUUAAUAUUAAACUUAUAUAUAAAAGUUUUAUACGUAUUUAACAUUCUUAAGAGUUAAGGCUACCAUGCAAGGUAUUUUGGAUGUUUUUAAAAGGCGUAGAUACACUGGAAACGUCAAAAUGUAGUACGCGGCAGAAAAUAGCUCAUUUCGGUUUGCCGAGGUUUCUAAACCAGAAAUCACAUACAAAACAGCUCUGCUUUUUAUAUUUGGACUACAGUAUAUACAUUACAUACAUUAAAUAGUCCCGUAAAAAGGGAAUUUUAUUCUUAUUGCCAGGAGUUGCUGACGAAAAAAAACAACUAUGGAACGCCGAUAGUGCCAAAAAGGUUAUAAUCUAACCAAAUUGAAUUCAUGGUAAUUAUUAAUCAACUAACAGAGGGAAAUUAAUAUUAAACAAAAAUACCAUUAUACAAUUCAAUUGAGAACAGAUAAUACAUCGGAAUAAUUUAUUGGUUAUAAGUCAACAUAUAUAUCUUUUUUAAUAUUGUAUUCAAAACAAAUCUUAUAUGAUAAAAAUAAUAUGAAAGCAAAAUCAAAAUAAUUGAAUCUCAUCUUAAUGGUUUGAUCUUCUUUUUUUUAGGUAAUGAUGGAUGCUUGUGUUUUUUGUCGGGUGUCUCUAAAAAAUGGUGAAGAAAUAACACAACUAAGAGAAAAAGGAUGUAACACAGUUAAUAGGACCAGUCAAACCAGAAAUGAUACAAUCGUCACAACUCCAGGACAAAAAGUCCAUCAGAAAUGUCGACGUGAUUACAUUAAUGCUAACUCAAUCAAGAAGGACAUGCGAGAAAAGGAUGUAUCGAUAACCGAGCCAACUCGUGACUUACGAUCUACUACUUCUGAUUUUGAGUUCCAGAAGACUGUUUAUUUUGUGGAUAUUUUGCAAAAUUUUCAGAGAGCAAAAGGGGAAUCGACGUGUUUCCUGUCAGGACAACAGAUUUUUCUAACACCCUUAGAAACAUCUGCAAAGAAAGAAAUGAUGAAUGGUCCGAAAUCGUUUUGAGGAGGCUCAACAUUGCACCAUCAGAUUUGCACGCGGCAGACGCAAUAUACCACCAAACAUGUAGUGUUAAUUUUAGAACUGGUAAGCAAAUCCCCGUCUCGAAGCAAGCAAACAAAGAGGUCAAACGAACGACACCAGGACGACCAAAAGAAGAUUCAUUAGAGAAAGCUUCCCUGCAAAUAGUUAAACAAUUAGAAGAAACAAAAGACGAACUUGCAUCCGUAAGCGAUCUUGUUCAGGCUAUGGAAGACAUUUGUGGAGAUAAGGCGUAUAGUGUGGUGCACAUGAAAAAGAGACUGCAAACUUAUUUUGAAUCCAAUAUCAUCAUCACGGAAGUAAACGGAAAGCCGAAUAUAGUCACAUUCAGAAGAACAGCAUCAUCUAUACUGAACGAAUUUUACAGAAGACCAUCAUCUAAGAGUCCAGAGAGGAAAAGCUAUCGAUGAUAGAAACAGCAGCUAAAUAAAUAAAAGCUGAUAUCAUGAGUCUCAAAGAUUCAAAAGCUGUGUAUCCGUCUUCUGUUGAUAUAAACUCAGAGCAAAACAUUAGAUUUGUCCCAGAUUCGUUACAAACAUUACUACGUGCAUUAUUUAUAGGUCAAAACGACUCUUCUGUUAAAGUUGCAUCUGUUGGUCAAGCUAUUAUUCAGGCUUCCCGACCAAGAACACUUAUUGCACCGCUAAAAAUUGCCCUCAGUGUACAAAUGCACCAUCACUUUGGAUCAAGAUUUUUAUUGGACACUUUGAACACUCUUGGUUUCGCUUCUUCCUACACAGAGAUUCAACGAUUUGAACUGAAUGCUGCUGCUGCUGCUCAUGACAGAACCAACACACAGUUUGGGAAUGGCACUUUCGUUCAGUACAUAGCUGAUAACGUAGACCAUAAUCUGAGAACUUUAGAUGGUCAUGGAACAUUUCAUGGUAUGGGCAUGAUUGCAGCUGUCACUCCGGGAUUCAGACUUGACAAAGCUGUCCCUAGGCUGUCUCCCACACUAAAGGAAGUCUUUGACCUAGCAAAUAUUAACAUAGAAUAUUAUAAAAUACAAUCUAAACAAUCGUUACAGGCAGAGUUCGCAACCAUGAAUUAUGAGCCAAAUAUGAUCGAUACAACCUGGAAGUUAGACCUUCUGUCCAGAGUAUGCUGGCCUUUGACAUGCAACCGACCCAGUUGGUCAGCAAUUAUGCACAAAGUGAUGGACGGUGACUACCAAGGAAAAUCAUCUGUUGUUUUUUUGCCAAUGAUAGACAUGAAUCCUAGUGAUCCCACAUGUAUAAAUUCAACACUUAACUUCAUAGGCAAGCACGCAAAGGCUCAACAUUGUGUACCUAUUUUGACAUUUGAUCAACCCCUCUAUUGGAAGGCAAUGAACAUAAUUAAAGAUGAACCAUUGAACAGUCCUUUAAAGUCAGUUAUCUUGAGACUUGGAGGCUUUCAUUUAGAAAUGAGUUUUGUAGGCGGCAUUGGUCACUUGAUGGAAGGAUCAGGAAUUACUGAGCUACUUGAAACAGUGUAUGCACCAAAUGCAGUAACUCAUAUGACUAGCGGAAAGGCUAUUGCACGAGCAGUAAGCGCACAUUUUUUGAUAGAUACAGCUCUCACGUCAAUAAUCUUGUCACACAUAUACGGCAUACCACUUCCAGAUGAAAUCGAAAAUGAGACUGGUACCAAUGAUAUUAAUCCAGCAAAUUACAUAAAUACCGACAAUACCGAUAUUAACGCCGAGGAUGAGUUGCAUGAAACAGAUGCGAUGUUGGAUGAACUACUGAAAGUGGACAUAUCCGUCGAAAAAGCUUGCGACAGUGUUUUAAUAGAUCAAAUUAAAUAUAGGAUAGAUAACUUUCGGGAGUCACACAAAAGUUUUCGUACUUCACAAUUAUGGUUCCAAUAUAUGGAUAUGAUAGAUAUUCUCCAUAGAUUCAUCAAAGCUGAAAGGACUGGUAACUGGGAACUACAUUUACAAACAGUCAAGGACAUGCUUCCGUAUUUUGAAGCUUCGGGACACAAUCUGUAUGUCAAAUCAUCACGGGUAUACUUACAACAAAUGGACAACUUGAAAACAACCCAUCCCGAAGUAUUAGCUUUUCUACAAUCAGGCCAUCAUGUUAUAAGGAGGAGUGAUAAAUUCUUGGCAGGUCUCUCUUCUGAUUUGGUCAUAGAACAGGUUUUAAUGAGAAGCUUAAAGACGACAGGCGGUAUGACUCGAGGAAGAGGUAUGUCAGAAGGUCAGCGAGCCCAAUGGAUUUUAUCUAUACCAGACUGCGCGGAAAUGAACAAUGCUUUGUUUACUGGAGUCAAUUAUGGAACAAGUGACCAACAUAAAGAAGGUGGGGAGUCAAGGAGAUCUAGAGACUGUCAGGAUUUGAAAACAUGUUUAUCGUUUCUUAUUAGCAGAAGUCCUUUUGUAGAGGAAACGAGUUUGCGAAACAUAGAAACAGGGGUCUCGGCGGACAAAUUUGUCAAUGUUUAUAAUUCGAAGGAAUUAGGCAUUAAAAUACUGAAGUCCAUGGACGGAAAAAAAUAGAUGAAUUUUCAUUUAAAAGGAAAGAACAGGCCACUAUCUUAAGUGCAAAAUCGGCUAUCAAAGUUGAUGAUGAUGUCAUUAUUGUUGAUUCACAGCUUCUCUUCCAGCGCUUUCUUGCUGCAUCAAAUGGCAUAUAUGAAGAUCAGUCCGAAAUAUUCACCUAUGAACUCAAACGAGUAGUCAUCCCAGCUCAAUGUUUGAUCCAAAUGGUCUCAUGCGAAAAGUCUAGUCUUGCAGAUGCUAUUUGGGGAAAGGGCGAUUGUUGCGCAUUUGAAAUGAGCGAAAACGACGAAACUCAGUAUGUUAUUGAUGGCGGCUCUCUUCUCCAUCGUUUUCACUGGCAAAGCGGACUUUCUUUCGGUGAAAUUUGUCAAAGGUACAUUGACAGCGUAGAACAGAAAUACAGUAAAGCUAUAGUUGUAUUUGAUGGAUAUGCUUCCGGUCCAGAUACUAAAGAUGCCACUCACCAGCGGCGCACCAAAGGAAUCAUAGGCACAAAAGUUUCAUUCACAGAUAGAACUCCUUUCAAAUCUAAAAAAAGACAUGUUUCUAGCAAACAUUGAGAAUAACGCAAAGGAUGAUGUUAUUUCUGCUGGUGAAAACAUUAUUUCCUCUUUAUAUAAUGGUGCUCCAUAUGAAGGACUGAAUGUUCUUCGCUACAGGAAGUUUGCUGCAAGAGUAUUGACAAACAAAACAUGCGUUCAAAUUCAUCCUUUGCCGCCAACAUCAAAUGCGGCUUCAUUUCAUAGCCAGAGGGCUUAUCUUCAAAUGAAAAUGUGGAUGAACAAGGACAAUCUAAAUCCGUGUGAAUGGGGUUGGAAAGUCGCUAAUGGAAACCUUGUUCCAGUUAAGUGUACAAUGGACGCAGCUCCCUCUAAAUUGCUGAACAUUAUCCAAUGCAAUUGUAAGACAAACUGUGACACUAAAAGAUGUACUUGUAGAAAAAACGGACUUGAAUGUUCAGUAGUUUGUGGCGAAUGUAAAGGAACUGGUUGUACAAAUUCGAGCAAAACAGUUGACAUGGACGAUUAAGUGACAAUCAACUUCUAAAGAUUUAUGUAGAAUACGCAAAAACAUAAUAAGCAUAAUUAAGGGGUUUCGGUAAAACAUUUCCAUGGUUUUGUUAUCAUAUAAAGUAAAUAUUUUGGUUUUAAAAAAAGUAUCAUACCGGUCAAUCGUUUUUUAUUGUUGUUAUAAGAUCUAUUGAAUUUACGAAUUGGUCAUUAUUUGAUCCAUCUAAACACUUAACAUAUAUAUAUAAUUAAUUUGAAGACUCAUGAUAUAAUUUAAUUUUUAUUAAGAAAACAUAAAUUCCCAGUUUUUAUAAAAAAUAAUAACAUUUUCACCCAAAACUAUCACUUUCUAUACUUCAAAAAUCAUCAUAGUUUAAUUUUUUUAUCAUUUUAUAAGAUCUAUUGACUUGAUUAAAAAUUAUGUACGUUUCUAUUUUCAUUUUUUAGUUACAACAAAUUUCCAGUUUUCGGCGAUUUUUCAUCAAAAUCCAAAGUUUUCACCCAAAAUUUUCAAUUUCCUGAACUUUGCAGUUCAUCAACGUUGAAAUAAAUCAUAACUGUAAUAAGAUCUAUUGACUUUCUUAAAAAUUUAGUCCGUUGCUAUUUUUGUUUUUUAGUCACGGCAAAUUUCCAGUUUUCGGCGAUUUUUCAUCAAAAUCCAAGGUUUUCACCCAAAAUUAACAAUUUCCCUUCAUCCAAACAUUCACGAUUUUUUUUAUGUUCAACAGUUCACCUAAACCAGCUUGGAAAACUAGAAGAACAUUCUGUUGCAAUUAGUUUGAGGUUUGGUCAUAUUUUGGCUAGAAUGACUGGACUAUAAUGCCACCAAAGAAAAGAAAAUCCUCAUCUCCUAAACCCACUCCACCAGCAAAGACAUCAAAGAGAUCCACUCGUCAUGCUUCUACAAUAACCAGUAGUCAGACCAUUGCAGAUCCGAGUAUGUCCAUACAACCUGUUAGCCAAAUCAAUACAGAUUUGAAUCCAACCACACAACCAGUAAGCAGUGCCAGCAACCCACUCAUCGACUAUGACCAGUUGGCAGCACCCAUCGUCAGGCAACAACAGCAAGCAAUGCCGUCUACAAGCAACCCCCCUAUUGCUGAUACACAACUGCAGGCUUCAUCGAGUAGCAAUAGUUCUAUUGAUUUGAAUAAUGCUAAUCUACUCAACAACCUUCAACAGCUAUUUUCAGGUGAGUCGGUGGCAGAUAUAGGUUCUAAAACUUACUCUCCUCAUCCUGUCCCAUUCACAGUUGCAGAUGACAUACCUCUUGGGUCAACUGUUCCGGUUCGUGUCAAAAACAAAAUUUGGAAUGAUCAAUUCAUUGAUCUUAAAUGUUUGCUACCAAAUUUCAAACAAGAAGAUUUAUCGAUCAAAAUAGAGAAUAAUUCAAUUCAAUUUAAUUCUCAGCCCUUCAAACAGUCAAUUAUGUCUUUACAUCAAUAAACUUCAGCAUUUCUGAUAUUCAUGUCCAUAUACACAGAAAAGUUGCCCCAAGAAUCUGCCAAUCUGCUAAAAUACUGCUUCACAGUUAGGGAAAUCGGGAGCUCCAAUGGUGACAAUGCCUGGAGAUAUUACGACGAGAACUUCCGUAAGCUGCGUCAGUCACAUAAGGUACCUUGGCAAGUCCCCAUUACAGAGUACAUGGUCAAAGCUUCCACUCUCACUCAUUCCUUUCGUCCCUCGUCAUACACCCAGUAUAGUGCAAGAUCACCACGACUCUUUUGCUUUAGCCACAACAAUGGUAAAAAGUGCAAAAACUCACCAUGCAAUUUCAAGCACAUAUGCCAGCUAUGCAAUGGCCAGCACCCAAAAAUCAACUGCAACCGGGACAAGUCAGAUAGACACAAGGCAAACUCCAAGAUUUUCAGUUCCAACAACAAUAAAGCAUGAUGUUUUGCUUCAGGAAUUGCAAGGUUAUGACAAAAGUUUGGUAACAUUUCUGGUUGAUGGUUUAAAAUUUGGAUUUAGGCUUGGGUGCUCUGAAUUUCAUUCAAAUUCUGCUAAGAAAAAUCAUUCAUCGGUAAGAAAUAGUCCAAUGGUGGUCAGAAAAAAGUUAGACAAAGAAUUAGGUCUCCAUCGCAUUUCUGGUCCUUAUACUUCUAAACCAUUUGAUAACCUUAUCUGCUCUCCAUUGGGGGUUGUUCCAAAAAAGUCACAGGGAGAAUUUAGAAUAGUCCAUGAUCUAUCCUUUCCAGAAGGUAACUCAGUUAAUGAACACAUUCCUCGAGAUAAGGCAGUUGUCCAGUAUGAAUCUAUUGAAAAUGUGAUCCAGCUAAUUAAGAAAUUUGGGGUAGGAGCACUAAUGGCAAAGCUAGAUAUUGAAGAUGAGUACAGAAACAUUCCCAUUCACCCCUUAGAUUAUCACUUCUUGGGUUUUGAGUGAAACGAUCAGUAUUACUUCGACAAAUGUUUACCUAUGGGGGCUAGUUCAGCAUGUCAGUUAUUUGAAAAAUUAAGCACAUCUUUGCCGUUGAUUUAUGUUGAAUAAAUACAAGGCCUCGGGUAUGUCUCCUCUAAUUGAUGAUUUCUUUUUCAUAGGACCACCGUCAUCUCAAAAAUAUCUCUCUGACGUAAAUAACUUUGAGAAAUUAUGUCAAAGACUUGGAGUACCCCUUAAGCAAUUUAAAACUAUUCUCCCGACAACUUGUAUCUAUGGAAUAGAAGUAUACUCAUGACAUAUGAUAAGCAGAUUACCAGAGGAUAAACUUGUCAACUUGAGACAACUCCUUGCAAAGACGGUACAUAGAAGAAAAGUUCAUUUGAAGGAAUUACAGUCUUUAAUCGGCUUACUCAACUUUGCUUGCCAAGUAGUCACCCCUCGCCGCGCAUUUCUUGGACGCCUUUUAGAUUUAACGUGUCAUGUGUCUGACCCAUUUGAGGAAAUAGACUUUACAUCUGAGGAGCGGACAGAUAUAAAAGCAUGGCAAUUGUUUUUAGAUGAUUUUAAUGGCAAAUCUAUCUUUCAUCAAGAUGAAUGGCAGUCUUCACAUAAGCUACAUAUGUACACUGGUGCUUCGGGUUCCAUGUGUUAUGCAGCAGUCUAUGGGUCAAAAUGGUUUGUUGAAUCGUGGUUAGAUAUACGUGCAAAUUAUCACAUUUCCACCAAGGAGCUUUUCCCUAUUGUCCUGUUAAUAGAAAUUUGGGGCACACAUCUCUCUAAUAAAAAAAUUCUCUUCUUUCCGAUAAUUUAGCAGUUGUUCAAGUAGUUAAUAAACAAUCAUGCAAAGACAAAACGUUGAUGAAGCUUGUACGUCGAUUAGUAGUAACAGCGAUGAAAAACAACAUCUUAUUCAAAUCAAAACACAUUCCUGGGAAGCAAAAUGUACUUGCGGAUUACCUUUCCCGUUUUAAAUUCCAGGAAGCCAAGAAGAUUGCCCCAUAGUUGGACUCGACGCCAACAGUAGUGCCAAACGAACUGAUCUACAUUUAAGUCAGUCAAGCCAACAGCUCCUUCAGGCAUCCUUGUCCCCAUCUUCGAAACAACUGUACCUCAGAAGUUGGACUCAACUACACAAAUUCUGUGUUUCUAAUAACCUACCUUUCUCCUUUCCCUUUUCAGUAAUCAUUAUUUGUAACUUCGUAGGUGACUUAUUUACACAAGGCUUAGGCCUAGCCACGUUUCGGCUAUAAGUUAUGUCCAUAAAUUGUAUAAUGUUUUCAACCCAACCUAUUCCUUCAUAGUUAGAAAAAUUCUUAAGGGUUCACACAAUCUUUCAAAAUCUGUUGACACCAGACUCCCAAUUACAAAAUCUAUUCUUAUCAAAUUGCUCUCUGCAUUACAACAUACAGUCCAAGAACAUGACGUAAGAGUUUUAUUGUCAGCUGUUUUUCUUCUUGCCUUCCAUGCCUUCAUGCGGCAAGGCGAAUUGGUUCCCCGGAACAUCUCUUUUUACGCCAAAGUUAUACAAAGACAAGAUGUUCAGUUUUUGGAUGAUAAUGCAGUGCAGAUUAUCCUGAGGCAUGCCAAAAACUUUGCCAACAGUCAACCAAUAGUAUUAACACUGUCUGCAAAUGCCCUCAACCACAACUUUUGUCCAGUCCAAGCCUUGAAAACAUUCACUACUGAAUUUAAACAUAGUUCUGGCCCACUAUUUACAUUUAAAUCAGGGCGUCCAGUUCCUCACAGUUUUGUGACAGCCCAAUUCAAUCAUGCUAUAUCAUUCAUUAGCUUGGAGACAUCACAGUAUGCAGGGCAUAGUUUUCGUAUUGGUGCUGCAACAGAGGCUGCAAAGAGUGGUUUGGACGAAAAUGUCAUUCAGCAACUUGGUCGUUGGCAUUCCAGUGCGAUCAAGCGCUACAUUAGAAUUAAUUCCUUUCAAUUUUAAUACCUUGUUAGGCUAUUAUCAUUACAUAUACUAGUAAUCAUUAAA